AUGCCAGCGAAGAAUCCUGAAGACGAGCUCAAAGCUUUCAUUGCUGAAGAUCCUGACUCGCGGUACACCUUCCAUAGCGAGCGAGACGCGUCGCAGUCCGAGAUAUGCAGAGAGGGGAAGGACAAGGAGCGAAAAUGCAUUAUGCUGGAAAUGUAUUCGACGAAGAUGUUCGAGGCGAUGCAGGCCCAAGGCUUUUUCUGUGCUCUCCCCAUGGAUCCUUCCCGGACACACAUGGAAUGCAGACGUAUCCCGAAAACAUAA